AUGAAAGAAGAUUGUACAGAACUGUAUUGGGAUCGUUCUGCAAUUGUGAGCAAGGGUAAAACCAAUCCGUUGGAGUUGUUUUUCAAAAUUCUUAAUCCUUUUAAAAAGUUAAAGGUCAUUGUACUGAAGAAUGAAACUGUAGAUAUUGCCUUUCUGAAAACCAUUCUCGUGGAUUGGAAAGGAGAGGUUAAACAUUUAAAAUUCAUUAAUUGUAUGAUGAGCGUUUUUCAUCAAUUACCCAUUCAGUGCAAGUUCAUGACCUCCGAUAGUAGUGUUGAGAGAUCUUUUUCGGGAUAUGUUCCUCUCCAACAAUUUUUUGGGGGCAAGGUUUUGGAGUGCCAAUUUAUAACUGAAAAGAUGAAAGCAAAAACUGUUCGACGAAAUUAUGGAUAUUUGAAUGGGAUGGAUGAAAGUGAAAGUCAAGAAAUGUCUGUUGGAUGUCAGCGGUCGUGUGUGGAGGAAAUUACCAUUAUUUCAACUCAGACACACAUGUUGAGCCAUGAACAUUUGUUAUGCUGCUUUUGCCUCUUAAAAGAAUUUCCAAAAUUGAGACUGGUUGAGCUUUCAUUCAUGUCGGCCAAUGUCUUGGAUUCUGUAAUUGAGUCCAUGGGAGGAAAAGAGCUUUUUCCCAAUGUCGAAUUUAAGAAGAAUAUUCAUUCAACCGCAAACCAAAUCUUAAUGGACACUCAAGAUUUUGAAAAGGCUAUCGAUUAUUACAUGAGUCGAUUUGAAAAGGACUUUCAUUUUAGAAAAAACAGGCUUGAAGCAUUUAGGAAGAAGUAUUUGACAUCCCGAUCUUCUUUUGACACUUUUCACAACAAUGCAUGUAAAAUCAUUGAUUUUUUUUCGUAUCAUUCACCUUUUGGUAUGGACUCCAAGUUAAAAGAUAUGAAUGGAUACAAUAUUAUUCAAUUAGCCAUUAUUUUCUCUUCCCAUGCCACUGUGGAAUUUAUUUUGCGAUACUUGACUGCAUUAGAAAAUGAGUCGGUAGACAUAAUUCAAAUUCACAACGAGUUACAGGAAUUAUUUUGGUCCAAUAAUGGCAUUGAUGGAAAAAACGCUGUUUUUUCGAGCAUUCCAAGCAAAGAUUGUGACGAUUUACUGCGAACUAUGAUGCAGUAUAACAUUUCAUUUAAUGCACCCUCUUCUGAUGGGUCCACUAUAGCUCAUUAUUUGUGCCACGUUGGAAAAUUAGAACAACUCAAGAACAUUUGGUUUUCACUCUUUAAAGAUUUACCACUGGAAAGAAAACUAUAUUUUCUUGAUCUGAAUUCUAAAAAUCACAUGAACGAAUAUCCUAUUGAGGUUUGUAAAAAGCUCAAAAUGAACAACAUGAUGAAUUAUUUGAAAGAGAAUUCACAACAGUUUGGAAUUUCAUAUUUACCAAACUUGGAGGUGGAAAAACCAACGAGUAGCCAAGUCACACAUAAACCGUUACCAGUGCAACCUCCUGCACCAAGUCGACAAAAUACCCAAUGUCAAAUUUUGUAA